UAUUAACAACUUCCGACAAUACAGGGUUCCCGACUUCAUAACUUCAGCAAUGGCCAACCAUCAUGAUCGGAAUCCGUUUGCGCAUGACGAUGAUAUCAAUCCUUUUUCUAACCAUCACGGGAUCCCACCAAACUCCAGGCUAUCGACUCUUGCUCAUGAACCUGCAGUUUACGGUCAUGUCACAGCUAACAAUUCUCUUGAUACACCUGCGAAAUUGAAGAAGAAGCAAAAGGAGUUGGAAGCUAAAGAAGCCGAACUGAAUCAGAGGGAAGAGAUUCUAAGACGAAAAGAAGAGGCAUUAGCAAGAUCUGGUGCUGUCAUUGACAAUAAUAAUUGGCCUUCAUUUUACCCGUUGGUUCAUCAUGAUAUUGCUGGAGAUAUACCAAUCCAUCUUCAGAGAAUACAAUAUGUUGCAUAUGCGACAUUAUUAGGUGUGCCGAUUUCACUUUUCUGGAAUCUUAUAACAAGUAUAGCAAUAUUUGUGAGUGAUACAGCGGGAGUCUAUAUAUUCUUUUCGAUCAUCUACUUUCUAUUGGGUCCUCCUGGAGCCUUUUACUUUUGGUACCGUCCACUCUAUCGUGCUUUCAGGAAAAAUAAUGGCAUGAACUUUGGUUGUUUUUUCUUCAACUAUGCAUAUCACAUUGUGUUCUUUGGCUUUGCGGCGAUUGGUCCUCGUAUUCUAUUUUCCGGACUACAUUUCGCGGGGUUCUUGAAUGCAAUGGAACUCAUAAGUAAACAUCCCGCACUUGGGAUAAUGAGCUUCAUUGGGUUUGGAUUCUUUGCGACUGAGUUAGUUCUAAGCAUAUGGGUCAUGCAAAAGGUUUAUCGAGUAUUCCGAGGCAAUGAUAAAGCAACUACCGCACCAAUAUCAAUAGCCCUUUGAGCAAAGAUGAAUAGUCAGAAUAGUAGCUCUCAACUACAACAUCUUUGCAAAAUAAUGUUUGUUACCAUUUUUGAUUCAUGGUUCGUUGGUCAUUUCAAAAUCAUUAGUUACUUGUAAAAAACACGAAUAUCAUUUGUGUUUCUUUUAUUUAUUUUUGUUAUAAU